CUGACUAUGAUUAUUGCAGAAGCGGAAUAUUUUGCGGGAAACAACAUGAAAGUCUGAUGAUAUUUCAUGGCUGAGAAGUGUCCCUGAACAUUUUAAAUGAUGAAAUAAAAGAUGGAUGUAUUUGACUUAAGCAGUCAGGAGGAGUUCUCUCCCUUGAAACCUCUCACAAAACGAGCUCGGAGAAUCUUUGAUAAAGCCAGUGACAUCGCUGUUUACCCUGGCAACCAAAAUACUGACACAGGUGACACAGAUACAUUGACCAAAACCUCAGAAAAUUUACAUGACAGCAACCCAGCAGGUUUUGUGAACUCUGAAAAUUCAUCAAGAGGAAUUAACCCACAUUCUUGUAUUGAUGAGCUUGGUGUGAAAGAAAAUUCUGAAAUGAAGGAUGAGAAGUUAGAGAGAGAUUGUGGUAAACCUGUUUAUAUUUACAGUCAGGAAUUGAUUCAGCACUGUGAUGCAAUGCCUAAAAUUAUAAAAAGGGCGAGUAUGGUUCAUAGUUUAAUUGAAGCAUAUGGAUUACUUCAAUUUAUGCAAGUCAUACCCCCACACAGAGCCUCAGACCAGGAAAUGACCGGGUUCCACGCUAAAGAUUACAUUGACUUCCUGGCUUUACUCAGUAAACAGAGCGACGAGGAAAAAUAUGAAAAAGAGAGUGAACAGUAUGGCCUCACCUAUGAUUGCCCGAUCAAUCGUCACGUUUACACAUACGCUUCAUUAACCAGUGGGGCGUCACUAAGGGCGGCUGAAUGUCUGCUGGAGGGACGGAGUCAAGUGGCGGUCAACUGGUGUGGGGGAUGGCACCACGCUAAGAGACACACAGCAUCGGGAUUUUGUUACGUCAAUGACAUUGUUCUUGCCAUCUUAAAAAUGAGAAAGAAGUUUGAGAGAGUUCUAUACAUUGACCUAGAUGUACAUCAUGGAGAUGGUGUGGAGGAAGCAUUUUGUACAUCAUCCAGGGUGAUGACAGUAUCAGUUCACAAACAUUCCCCGGGAUUCUUCCCAGGAUCUGGAGGGUUAAAUGACACUGGAAUGGGCAAAGGAAAGGGAUGCACUGUUAACAUUCCACUAUUGGACGGUAUGAGAGAUGAAGAGUUUGUUCCCUUGGUGUGCAGAGUCCUACACAAGGUCCAUGAAGUGUUUGUACCCCAGGCCGUGGUGUGUCAGUGUGGGGCUGACGGACUCAGUGGUGACCCUAUGGACUCCUUUAAUCUCACUCACACGGCGUAUGGCCGGUGUCUACAGUUCCUUCUACAGUGGAAGCUGCCUACACUUGUAUUAGGAGGAGGAGGUUACCACAAUGCUAACACAGCCAGAUGUUGGGCCCAUCUAACUGCGGUCAUUUGUGGACGGAAACUCCCUCAAGAAAUCCCAGAUAACAAGUAUUUUAUGUCGUAUGGUCCGGAUUAUGAACUUCCUAUAUCCUAUGGAAACAGAAAGAAUAUGAACACGAAAGUGGCUCUACAGAAAAUAUACAACACGGUUAUAGGGUCAUACCCCCACGUAGAGCCUUAGACCAAGACAUGACGGGAUUCCACGCUAAAGAUUACAUCGACUUUCUGGCUUUACUCAGUAAACAGAGCGACGAGGAAAAAUACGAAGAAGAGAGUGAACAGUAUGGACUCAGUAAGCGUGUUUAUUAUCAUUAGGUAACCUUCACAUUUUAUUAAACCCAUAGUUUUUGAAUUAAAUAAAAAAUUUCACUGGUCAAGUGGACCAGUGAUUUAGUGAAAUUCACUGGUCCACGCAAAUACUCAUUGGUCCAUCACCAUACAUAUUAAAAAUCCUGAAAAUUUUUAAUUCCAAUUAGGUAUCAUAAUCUACUGUAUACUGGGUUAUUUUCGCCCCAUGUUAUUUUCGCCCUUUCACACUUGCAAACAAUUUUAGCCUGUUUUAAAUUCGCCUGGUCAUCGUUUUGUUUAAGAAAUUAUACCUUAUUCUUUGAAUUCGCCCAAAUGAGGGUAUGGUGAAAGGGGAGAAUAUUUCCCUGUAUACAGUACUUUUUGUUGUAUGAUCCAAUAUUCGUUGUAUGUAACUAUAAAUAUUUAUUGUCAUCUGAUUCAU